AUUUUAGAAUAUCUAGUUACAUAAUACAUAGUGACAAUGGUUAUAGUGAAAUUUUAUGAAAAUAGGGUGUUUGAAGUAAAUAGUUGCUGGUAACACAGGUUUUUAAGCGAAUUUUGACGAUACAACCAUAACAGUCUGUAGUUCAUAAUAUUAUACACAACAACAAAAGAAAAUCAUAAUUUUAUCAAUAAAACAACGAAGUUACUUAAACAGAUUCUGUUUUGACGACUGUUCAAUUGAUGAGUCUUAUUGAAAUUAUAAACCAGAGCAGUUGUUUACAUCCAAGAAAAACCUUUUGCAGUGAAGGCAGUAGUACAAGAUGAGUAAACUUUGUAGACAAGUGUCAAUAGAAUCCCCAGGGCCCACUCUUAAAGAAUGUGUAUUUAGUUUUGAUGUACCUGUGCCAGAUGUUCCAAUGUAUGGUGCAAGAAUAAGAGUUGUUUACGCUGGUGCUUGCUAUAGAGCUAACAGAACUCGAUCAGCAUCAGUUUGCAGUACUUCCUCCAUUUCCUCUAUUGGGAGUUUGACAGGGGAGAUGGAAAGCUUUGGCAUACAUACAUCAACACCAGCUCAUGUUGGCCUACGCGAUGGUGCUUUGUUUCCUGGGUAUGAAGUUGCUGGUAUUGUGGAUGAAAUUGGUAAAGCGGCAGAAUGUACAGAUGGUAUUAAAAUAGGAACAAGAAUAGUUCUCUACCCAAAUGAUGGUGUUCCGCAUGGAUAUGCUGAUUACAUUGUUGUCCCAGAUUUCCAUUGCCUAGUGAAAGUACCAGAGAAUUUGCCACUGAGUAUUGCGGCUAUGUUGCCAACUGGAGCUUUACUUGCCAUGAAUACUGUUAAUACUGCUAUUGAGUGUCUCAACACUAUUAUUGAAGGACCUGGCAAAAAGGAAAAAGCAACUGUAUUGAUUGUUGGAACUGGUGGACUAGCUCUUUGGGCGCUUCGUAUUGCGUCUUUCUAUUUCCAAAGAUUACCCUAUCAUGAACGAAUUCGUAUAUCAGUGGCAACAUUGAAAGAUGAGGGAAUUGUUUGGGCUCAAGAAGAUGAAGAUGUUUCCGUGGUGCAGUGGUCGGAGGAUCUUUACGAGCGUCAGUUGGUGGAGCGUACUAUAGACGCGUGCGGCGGUUUUGUCGACGUCGUGCUUAAUUUUGGGACCACCUCGCGUUCGCUGCAUCGCUCCUUACAGUGUCUUGCCCCGGGCGGUAUGGUACUUGUGACGGAAGAUGUGGGCGAUAAACUUCUACCUAAAUUUGCUAAGAAAGCCGAUGAAAUGAACGUCAACAUCGUUGCUGUUCAGAACGGUACCAUCGAACAACUCAGGGAACUGGUUGAACUUGUCGCCAACGGGACUAUCAAACCUCCUCCACAUUCGGUGUUCCCCGCUGAGGAGGCGCAGGAGGUUGUCAGGAAGCUUUGCAACUCAGAGAUCAAAGGACGUGCUAUUCUUAAGUUCCACGACAUCGACUAAUUGUAUGCCAAAGACAUGUUUUGUAGCUCAGGGCCAAUAUCACCGAUGGAAGAUUCAUCCCAAAUGUUAUUUUAGAUUUCGACUUGAACUUAUAUUCAUAAAUAAAAUUUUAUUUAAUCUGAUUCUUUUCACCAGUAACUUUUUUAUGUUAAUAAUUAAGCUUAGUCCGUAACCACUUGGCUUGGUAAAUCUGAUCCAUUAUGGGAUAGCUCCCAUCCAUCGUUAUAGUUGAUUUACUUUAUAUUUAGAUUGCAUUUGCAAUCGAUCAUCCAUUCUCAUAAAAACUUUUGCCACUAGUAGCGGUACAAAGUAACGAACUAGUCGCAUUUAUUCAUAUAGUACGUAGAUAAUAUGCCAUAAUAGUUGUAACCAAUAUGGAACUUAUUUUGUACUCCUUUAAUAAAAAUAUUUACAAUACUCAAUCACUAGGUUAAUCUUAGUUUAAAAUGCCAUUUAUAUGUUUAUCGGUUGUGCAUCGUUUUUAAAAAUUUGGGUACAUUUUUAAAAUGAACUUCCAUAUUUUAUACAACGGUAAAGUAUAAUCGUUUAGAAAUUAAGGUCAAUUGAGUGUCUAUUAUGGCGUCGCACAAACGGCGUUAGAUUAUAACAUUGAUAUUUGUCGUCUUCAAGGAUAUGUGAUGUUUGAGAAACGUAUAUAAAUCGUAUAUCGUGUUUGUACCUCUAUAUUAUUAUUAACUUCCUGAUAUAAAUUCUACUGAUAUUGAAAUAUUUUUGUACAACAGUUGUACAUGUGGAAUUAAUUAUGUAAUGUUUUAAGCCGUCCUUCAAAUUAUGUUUUUUUUUUUAAUUAUAAUCAAAUGGAUUUUCUAUGGGAUGAAACUCAAAAAGCUUUCAAUAUAUUUUUAUUCUGUCUCUACAACUUCUCUUGUAACUUUAACGGAUUCUCGAGACGACAUUCUCAUAAAAUAUGUCAAUCGUUUUAUACGUCUAUUGGGAUUUAAGACGUUUUUAAAAACGAAGUUAAAUCAUGUUUAAGUAAAAAGUAAUUUUUAAAUGUGUAUUGCUUUUUGAUUUUCUUAUAUGUUCGCACAAGGAAUUCUUUAUAUUGUUGUAAGUAAGGCUUCCUUCCGAAGGGAUUUAAAGUUACUUUUUCAAAUGUUAUUGGAUUUCAUAAAGAACGUACAUAUUAUGUGAUAAUUAUUGUUAUUCAUAUUAAUGUGUUUGAUAUAUUUUAGUCCGGCCACAAAAAGUCUAGGUUUCAGACUUGUUUUUUUUUUUGUAACGUAUGUAAUUGUCUAGUCAUUUAACAUUCUGAACAUAUUUUCGUGUAACAUAUGCAAUAGUAUUACCUGUUUUAGAAUAGCUCCUUUUUUAAACUUUCAUUGUAAUAAAUGUUUAAUACCAUA